AUGGAUGCUAAACUGUUAGCUGAGAGACCGCCUCUUUUCACUAUUAACAACGAUCCAGAAGCGAUUCGAAUUGGUAUUAUCUACAUCUGUUUGUCCUCAUUUAUGAUUCCAUUCUAUCUUAUUUUCAACUGGGUGAUGUGGAGAGAUAAAGAUAUCAAACGUAUGCUGAUAUAUCGCCUGAUGAAUAUGAUCAAUCUCAUCGACUUUGGUCAGCUGAUAUGCCAUUUUAUCAGCGGCUUCUUCCCAAUAUUUCCGGAAAUUACACAUCGUUCGGAAUUCUUCUCUAGUUUUGUUGGAUCCACUGUAAACAGCUUAUGGCAGGCAAUGUUCCCCUAUUUCUGCGUGCUAUCUAUCAGUCGUAUUUUGAUUAUCAAAAAGAGAAUGGAUCCCAAGCAACUUAUCUGGCCUCUUAGGUGUAUCAUUACUGUCGGCUGGAUAUUUACUAUCACGGUAUGGCUGUGGUCCUGGCUAGGCAUGGCCUUCAUAUUCGGCAAGAUUGCUUGGGAAUAUGAUUUUACGGUUUGGAGCUCAAAGUAUCUACAGAUUCUUGAGAUUGCUUGGUGCUGGCCUGCUAUCUUAACUUGCUAUCUAAUGUAUCUUGCCAUCAUCGUUCAUUUAUUGAUGUGA